AUGCAGCUACUCAAGUCCGAGGCCGACGACAUAAUUACCUAUGGCGGAAAAGUCAACAGGGCAUGUGAAGAGUUCGAGUUCCAGAAUUUGAAGAUUGAUCACUUCAAGUGCUUGAUUUUCGUCUGUGGUCCCAAAGCACCACGCUAUGCGGACAUUCGAGCAAGGCUUCUAUCCCGGAUUGAAGGUGAAACGGCUGAUGCUCCGGUGACAAUUCAAACUCUAAUCGACGAGUUCCAGCGGCUCGUCAACAUCAAGUCGGACACUACGAUGAUCGAACAUCCAUCAAGUUCGAAGAAUUCGGUCCAUAGCAUUUCGGAGAAGAAACCCAGAAACCAGCAUCGUCCACUGAAAACUGAAAGCAAGUCCACUCCUCGUACUCCAUGCUGGCAGUGUGGUCAGAUGCACUACGUCCGUGACUGUCAAUUUUCUGAUCAUCUCUGCAAGGUAUGUAACCGCAUCGGUCAUAAAGAAGGCUACUGUAGCUGCAUCAAGAAGUCUUCAAGCGACUCUUCAACUCAACCUCGAGAGAAGAAGCAGUUCCAGAAGAAGGCCGGUCCCAGAUAUCAAGCCAAGGGAAUUUUCGUGAAGCACAUCGCAAACAGCAACCGGAAACGCAAGUAUGUGACCAUCAACAUCAACGGUGUCACAACUGGAUUCUGCAAGUGA